GUGGAACAUAAACAAAGGUUUUGGUGCAAUAAAAGAACUGACGAAAUUCAGGAACGAUUUGAGAGGAAAUUUGACUCCCCAAUGACGGUUCCAGGAAAGACUUAAAGGAAGAAAUACUAAAUAUUUUUACAAUAUUCAGUAUUGGAGCUAUUAAAAGUUACAGGAAAGAUAUAGGAGGUCCGACACAGGUGGAAGAAAGAUUGUAUAAUCACAAUGACGCAUCUGAUCUGUGAAAAUGGCGUAGCAUUUAUCGCUUGACUUUGACAGUUGUACUGAGAUGGACGAUAUUUCCGUCGCAAUGGCUUUACGACGAUGAAUUUUGAAAGGAGAUGUUUACUGCUUAUAAAUUUUUCGCCGAAGUACUGGAUAGAAGCACUUUUUAUGCAUGAAUACACAGUUGAUGAAAUACACCCCGAAGAUAACGUGACAUUAAUAUUGUCAGUCUAGAUAUGGCUGGGUUUCGCACACAGUAUACUCGACUGAAUUCAAAUUCAGACGAUCCUGAAGAGGAUUUACCUCCACAGGGUUUUGAUAUUGGUGCCCGUGGAUUUGAGGAAGUUGAGAAAGGUGAUUGAAAUGCAUGUAAUUUGGAGUGUAUAAUCUAAUUACCAGCAGUACGUUAUUCAAUAUGUUUACAUAUUUGUGUAAAGACUGUUGGGUUUUUAGGCGGGAACAUGUCUUUGUCCACGCAAGCGUUUGAAUAAAGCGUAAAAUCCAACCAGUGUUAAUUUAAGUGCCCAUAUAAAAGUUAAAAAAUCCUGCACAAGGUGUUUGAAAUAAUUCACCAUGAAUUAAAAUGGAGAACCAACGAGCACGAAUAGAUUUUGUGUGUCUAUCUUGCACUUGAGUACAAACCAAAUAACUUCGCUCUUUUGGACUGACUAUGUAUUGAUGUUGUUUACUGGUGCUGUUUGUACAUCUUAUUCCUUUAGGUCGUUGGAAUCACAUUGAGAAUCUUGAUGAGUUCUUCAUUCGCAUAUCCUUUUCACUGUGUUUUUGUUGGUAUACAGAGAGCAUUUGUUUGUUAAUUACAAAAUUCAUCCCAGUCAAGGCUGUGAAAGGGAACAAAAAUAUACUUUAUGUACAAGCUCAUUGUUUCUGAUGUUCCUCUCGCCCAUAUCAUGGUCUUACCUUUCUCAAUCAAUCAAUCAGUGUCAUAGCAAGGGAUAUAAGGGAUAUGGUUGCCCCAAGUAUCAGAGCUCAGGCUCAUGUAUAAAACACAUGUGUGUUGUUGUUAUUACAGAAUAGGGGAAUAGGGAAAUGUACCUCCCAUAAAAGAAUAUACUUCCAUACAAAACAUUUAAACAAAUAGAUUCCAUGUGCUUAUUUCUAUCCAUGUCCAAUGGAGGGUGUGGGGAUGCUCCCUAUGAUGGCUUAUUAGGUGAGGCUCUGCUUGAAAGGGGUACCUUUCCUAGUUCAGGUAUAUAAAAGGGUAGGGAUUUCACUAGUUGAAGUAUAUGAAAGGGUAGGGAAAAUCGUCAUUUUGGUUUGUAAACAGGUCGAAAAAGAGCUAACAGGUGCAUUUAUGGCUGUGAAAAAGUCAGGAAAACUUCUUGGUUUAGGUAUUUUUGUACGUAAAAGGGUAGGGGGUUGGACCUCAAAGCAGAGCCUCUCCGAAAAAACUCUGUCAGUUGUUCCUAGUCUUUAAUCCAUCAAAGGACUGACCAUCAAGGGUUGUUAAAUUAAUACACAAUCUACAUGAAUAGUGGCCAUAGUUAUAGUGAGAUAGAUGUCUGGGAAAUGAUCAAACUUAACAAAUAUUAUCCUUUACAUUUCCUCACAUAUAUGAAUAUCACAGGAAUAAUGGUUUUGUUUGCAUUCUCCUUAAUGAAAUUUUUGAAUUAAUGUAAGGAACUCUUCUUGCAUGAUAUUAUUCAACUUAUAUAAAAGGUGCCUCUGAUAUGUCACAGUUCUAUUGAUAUUUUGGCAGUUUUUUUUUUUUGGAAUAUCAGUGUUUCAAGGCUUUGACUAUUUCACUCAUAACCAAAAUAUCGGUACUCCUGAAUGAUGAAAGACCAAGAUCUUUCACACAAACUGUUAAAGAAAGAACAAAACUAUAGAGUUCUAAAGUGUGAUGUCAUUAAAAAAUAAAUUAGUGAAAUUAUGGGAUUUGUCAGGAUAUUCUGACUGAAAGAACAACAUCCAAGAGGCCUGCUUGCCAAAAACUAGCAUUUCGGGGCAAAUUGUCUCUGAGAUAUUAGCCCAGUUAUGCUCCGAUGACUCCAUACAAAUCCUUCUAAAUGUGACUCAGUUCAUAACAUUAGGAACUGAGUCAAAUUUAGAAGGAUUUGUAUUGGGUCAUUGGAGCUUAUUGCCUCGAAAUGCUAGUUUUUGGCAAGUAGGCCUCUUGUAUAUUGUUCUUUCAGAAUAUCUGAGAAAUCCCAUUAUUUCACAAAUUUAAUUUUUAUGAUGUCAUCACUUUAGAACUCUAUGUAUACAUAUUUUAAUUCCCUCUUAUGCUGCUUCUUAUACCAACUUUUUUUGUAUUCAUGAGUUAAUUCUGGGUAACUGGGGAGCAGUUAGGAGGGACUUUGCCAAAUGUGAAUUACAAGAGAUAUGGAUAGUGAAGGGAAAAAGAAAAGAAGAAAAAAUGUAAGGCCAAUAAAUCCAGCCAGGUUCACUGAGCUAGCUUGGUUAGUAAAGUUUUUGUUAUGGGACUCCACCGGAAAGUUUUGUUUCUUGUAAAGUAGCUCAAUCUUGUCUUUUAAAAACCUGCUUCUUUUUUAUCCUUUAAACAGCCAAUUCGUAUUUGUGGUUCUUUUUACAUCGUUCUUGGUUCUAUGUGUGGAUUAUGACAGAUUAUUCAACCACAAGUUCCCAACAUUCUCCACUGUUGUGCAUUUCCACAAAGUGCAGCAGUAAGUUACAUUAUAAGUGUAAAAUCUUUGUUACAUUAAAUUUAAUAAUUUAGAGGUUGCUUUAGUUUCAAUUGGUUGAAAAUAAAAAGUAUUCCUCACUUUUCAUCCCAUCCCCUGAAUUACUUAUGAACAGCUGCCACUUUCAUACUACUAGAAAAUGUGGGCCAUGCAAUGAUACAAGAAGCUGCUACCUACAGUAGGACCCCCCGGGAGGAAAGAGCCACUCCGUCCAUUUUUAAUAUGGUGUGAGUCCAUGUUUAACAACAGUGGAAACAGGAAGUGUCACAUGAAAAGAAGCAAUUGUUGCCUUGUAGAUGAAAGGUUAUAUAUCCUGGCAUGGAUGACAGCUUCAUAAUAGGGCGCACUAGUGUUUUUUAUUAAAGCUGGGACAAAGAACUUCAGUAUCUACUGGGACCUGGAAUACCUAGUGGGAUCACAUCCCUGGUGUCGUUCUUACUUUCAGGCAUUUGUAAUAAUUAGUGCUAAUGUUGGUUUUAAGAACAGCUCAUGUGUGCAUAAGUGAGACUUAACAGGGACUGCUACUUUCUUAGUGAGUUUUUUGUUUCAAUUAUUAAUCUUUUUUUAUCGCAUAAAAAUAUUAAGUAAUUGUUUAUCACUAAAUUUGUUUCCUCGAUUUUUCUUUUUACAUUACAGUAUGGAGCCUGCUAUAGUUGUGUGUCUUGUCAUUGCUUUCAUUUUUUGGUUGAUUCGUUUGGCGAGAAUAGUCGUCCAUUUCUUUAAACUUAUGGAAAUACGGGCAUUUUACAAAAAUGCACUACGAAUAACAGAGGUAAUCACUGGCAUCUCUUCUGUAAUUUGAAUUAUUAUGAUCAUUAUUAUUUUUGCAUAUAGUAGUUUCAUGGGGAUGCUAGCUAUUGCCACUAAUGUAUGAGGGAACUUGAAAAAAUUACAGUUGAUUUUUUCCAUCUGGUUUAAAGCUAUACUUUAGAGCUGAAAUGAAAUUGAUUGGACACCCUUUUAUGAUAUCCUCACUAAAGUCUUGCUGGCAAAUUUAUUUUGCCUUUGGCUGUAAAGAAAAUCUUAGUUUUUCCACAAAACUGGAUUACUGCAGGGCUCUCAUCAAAGUUUUAAGUAGAUGGUCUCUCAAGGAAAGUAGCCAGUCAUUUAUCCCACAAAUCCUUCUACUUUAAUUUUGUUAUGCUUGAUUCAUUUUCAAACUAAGAGUACCUGGUUAAGUUUACUGCAGUAGCCAGCUAAACAAACUGGCUGCUGGCUACUAAUGACAGCCCUCAGAUGCUGGACACCUUGGAUUUCAUACGUUCAGAGUUUCCCCCUCCCUACAGUUUUUCUUACAUCACGUCUAUGUUAAUGUACAAUUUGGUAGGUGACUUAAAUGUGGCUGUGUCUUUCCAUUGCAGAGCGAGUUGACCAACCUACAGUGGCAGGAUGUUCAAAAUCGAUUAAUAGAGGUGCAAAAGGUCCAUCAGAUGUGUGUUCACAAGGAAGAAUUAACAGAACUUGGUUUGUUUGUUUUUCUGUGUGUAUGUGUGUGCUAUUUUAAGUACUAUCUUUUUUUAUUGUUUUUAUAGUUGUUCAUGUUUUUUGAUUGUAUUAUUUUUGUUAUUAUUUUUGCUGGCUGACUUGAAAUUGCCAUGUUAUAGUCAGUAAUACAUCCUAUAAGUAAAGAAGUUGUACAUGUACAUCAGUUGAAUAAAUUUUAAAUUAGAAGUACUGAGAACAUAUAGUAGGAUACAGUUCUGGAUAAUUAUCACUCAUGUUGAUUGUUUUUUGUUGUUGUUGUUGUUUUCCAGAUAUUCAUCAUCGCAUUUUAAGGUGGAAGAACUACAUGAUUGCGAUGCAGAACAAGUCAGUUAUUUCUGGUUCUUAUAGUUUUCCAUUUGUGGGUGAAAGGUAGGCUGGCUUUGAAAAUGGAUCUUUUCUUGGGCACUUAGCUACGUUUUUCAAGACUUUUAUUGUACAUGUGUGCUGAAGUUUAAAUACCGUAGCCAGGGCGAUUAUUAAUUUUUUCGCACAAAGGGGGGUGAUUAUUUGAGGGAUGUGAUUAUUUCAAAUAUUGCUCACUGGAAGUCAUGCCCUAAAUAGUUUGUUUUAUUAUCCCAUUAAAACAAAAAAAAUGAGCACAUGAUCACAUAUGGGCUUUUUAAGUGUUCCAAAUUUGGUUCCUUGCUUAAUUAUUUUCAAUGUCAAUAUCCUCAGCGUCAAAGCUUGAAUUCUCACUGAUUGGUUUUGCUGGAUCGGACUCUACAGUAACUUUAACUUGGCAGGGAGGGGAUAAAAGAAAGAGAAGAAGACAAGAGGGGUCGGGGCAAUUAUUCAAGGAAACAGUCAGUAAGCAACCAACUCAGUUACACCCUUUGAUGCAGUCAGUAUUGCCGCAGGCAGUAUUGCUGCCCCAGGAUGGUUAGAGUUAAGAAUGAAUCACAUUUUUUUCAAAUACAGUUUGCAAGAAGGCUUCUAGAUCUCUUCGAAGGCACUUCUUACUACAGUAAGGGAGGAGAAUGUUGUUGAGAGGCUACAGGGCAGACUUGGUGGUCUGGAAUUCCCCCACUGCCCCUAUAAGGAAUGUUGAAUGAUUAUUGUUAUCUUCAGUCCUCAAGUGCAAGCAGACAGCCUUGCGUAGACAACGAUUAUGCGAAACAGGAUGUUGCCUAAGAACUGUUUACAGAGAAUGUACAUUACAACGAAUUUAACAGCAAUAUCUAAAUACUUGCAUUAUUUCAGUUGUGAAAGUGAAUGAAAUAUUUUGCAUUUUUAAUCCACAGGGCGUUUGUAACCGAGGGAAUGAAGUACAACUUAAAACUGAUUUUAUUCUGGGGUCCAGGAAGCCCUUUUCAGAACAACUGGAAGCUGAGAGAAGAAUAUAGGAAUCCCGCUAAUAGGUGAGUACCUUUAUUAGGCAGGGAAAAAGUGUGCAAAACUUACAAUUAUUAUUGUACAAGUCACAUAAGGUUUGAGCUUAUGCAUAAAAUAAUAAGUUAUUGUUUUUAGUGUUUGUUUGUAGUGUUUUUUUGUAGCAUCAGAUAGUGAAGAAUUGUGGGUUUUUGAUGCUCUCUCCUCUGUAGAGGUUCCCACUGGCUAUUCCGAUAAAAAAUAGCAAUAAUACAUUGAAAAAAUAGCAAGCACAGAGGGGACAGUGGCAUGCAAAGCAAAAAGGGGGAUUGCUAGCGAUGGGGGAAGGAGGGGGGAAGGGACAGGGAAAAAAAUAUAAUUCCCCAUAUCCUUAGCUCCCGUAAGGAAAAAAAUAAAAAAAAUGUGUUGUUGUAGAUUUAAUGAUAAUAGAAAAACUGGCAUGUGAUGAGUAAGUUGAUGGAUAUACUGGAAUGAGCAAAAUUGAAAUGAGCAUAAUAAUUAUAAGGUUUUCAGUUUUGGACAUGAACGUGAUUAAAAUGAUUAAGAUGGGAAGUUGUUUUUUCUUGUUACAUUUAAACCAUAAGAUUAAAGGUGAUUGAAAUUGAUUACUGUUUCUAUCAGAGGCAGAUGAUGCCACUGACUUUAUUUGAUUCUGAGGGUUACUCCUGGGGUGUACUCCAGGUGAGCCACUGAGGGUUUGAAACCCUGAGCCUGUUUAAGUUGAACAAAAUCCUAAAAUACACCCUGUUUAGGACAACCGCCUCAAUUUUAUUACCAUGUUUUUGCAGGCAAUACCCUGUUUAUAAUAAGGACAGACUCGAGCGAAUUAUAUACCCUGUUUAGGUCAAAAACCAUACCCUGUACAGCGGCAAAUCCCUGUAUAAGACAUAUAUGGGGCUUGCUGUAGUUUAUUUAUUCAAGACCCAUGCAAUUGCUGAGGUGGCCCCAAAUGUGAUCCCUGGUUGGCCAGUAUCAAUUAAGCCUGAUAGAAUUAACAUAAUUUUCGUGUUUUUGUCCUAGAUUUGUUUUGGCGAAUAGGUGAGUAAAAAUAUUGUCAGUAGUGUAUGUAUCAUGUUUUAACUUGUGCAUCGUUUAGUAAAGUUGAUGUUUGUCAUGAUACUAAUAUUUCACUUUUUUACAGGCUUUCUCGGCGUAUUUUCUGGAUUGGAAUAGCAAACUUUGUACUUUCCCCUUUUAUUCUUCUGUGGGUUAUUUUGUACUCCUUCUUUACCUAUGCUGAGGUAGGUUUGCCUCAUCUUUAUAAGUUUUCUUGCAUGUUUUUGUUGUUGCUGUAUUAAUGAAUAUUACAUGAUAGUGAGUUAUUUGUGGACAGUUAUAGGAGGCAUAUUAAAGUCCUUUUAAAGCACAAAUUAUAACCAUUCACAGAGGUGAGGAACAAACUGCAAAAAAUGAUCAUUCAAAUGUUUUAUACGCAGUUGUUCACUGUUUGAGCCGAGGUGGCGAGACAAAUUAUUAUUUUAAACAUUUUUCGAAAGCCGCUUUGUUAGUUGUCUUACAUUUAAGAAGUUACAAGCUCUAUGCCAUUAAAAUUACAAGUAAAUGCGCUUUAUUUUAACUUCAUUCGGACUGUAAUUCUGUUUAUGUUUUAUAACUCUUCUCCCACGGGAACCAAUGAACCAGGCGAACGUAAACUUGCUCUUAAAAUUUGACGUGAAAUGCAAAAUCAGUAAGCCUCGCGUAAAGUCGACUUUGCACUGUGUUACAUUUUAACCCAGCUAUUAAAGCAAAGUGGGCAAUUAACGGAAUAUUGUUGCCAAAAAUGUAUCUUACGUAACUGCCUCCGCAACUUACUUCGUCACUGUUAUUGUGAGUAAAUUUAAAAAUUUUCUCAGUUCUUUUAUCGACUACCUGAUAUCUGAGAGCUCUGAGUAUAAAAAUACAGCCGUUAAAACACCAGAAAUAAUUCAAAAAUAUCAAAAUAAAUACUCACAUUGUUUCACGAACGUGCUUUCCUCGCCAUGUUGAAACACAAACUCGCCUGAUGGAAAAUGGCGGGAAUAUUAUGAUCACGUGGUACUUUCGCAGUUCGCGUUUGGCGCGAACUCUACUUCAGUUCAAUCAGUUGCAAGUAUUUUUUUUUUCUCUUUUUUUCGGCAAUUUCGGAUAAAAUAUAAUGUGUGGUCACAGUAUUUUCGUUCUGUUUAAUAGUGGUUUGGCUUUUACGAGCUCUAAACUUCAAAUAAUCAAUAUCUGCGUAAAAUCUGAGUCAUUUUCUGUAGCUUCCCUAACAGUGGACUGCGAGUAUUCUCCUCAGAGAAAAAUGAUUUCACCCUUCUCACACUUCUAUCUACUUGUGAUCAACUGCAAAACGACCUUCCUUGAUAUUUUAGAAAUUCAGUUAGUCUAUUUAUCAUGCAGUUUAAAAGUAACUAAAUAUGCUAUUUGCAUUUCACAGAUGGUCAAAAGAGAGCCAGAUUCCUUUGGAGCACGAAGAUGGUAAGAAAAUAAAAACGUUGCGAACAUAUAUUUUUAAAUGUAGGCUGCGAAGGUGAUAAAAAAAGACCCUCAAUUUAUAGCCUUCACGCAUCACAUCAUUCACAUCAUGGGUUGGGUGGGUACAGUAAGCUCAUAAAGCGGCUGCCAGUGGCGCCUUUGUAUGCUGACGUCCGAGCUUACUGUUCACAUGUUAAAAUGUAUUGUAAGAGACACGUCUGAUGUCCUCUCAUCCACGACUUUCAUUCAUUCAAAGCGAAACGUAUUCACAACCCGAACCAAAUAAAAUUGAAAAUUUUGGAGAAGGCUGGCAGGAGUAUUUACGAUAUGAUAAAAAUACUAAGAUUGGUAAAUUCAUAACCCCAAUGGACUUAUUUACACUGUCCUUUACAGGUCUUCCUACGGCAGACUGUUUUUCCGUCAUUUUAAUGAACUGGACCACGAACUUCACACGAGGUAACUACAUUAUAAACCAUACAAAUCUGUGAUAUGGGGUUGUACGUAAAACCAAAAUUUGCCCAAACCAAAAUUCGGUAAACCAGUCAGGUCUCCGAUCACUUUUGGAGCCCGGGUAGUGGGAGGGGGGUUGGGGGGUGACGUUUUGUACCCCCUACAACAAUGGCCUAUACGGGGAAGCUCCGCUGAAAAGGGGUACCUUUUCUAGGGUACGGGUAUAUGCUAAGGGUAGGAAUUUGGGUAGGGAGGUCUGUCAAUUCGGUCUUUAAAAGGGAGCAAAAUGGCUAGCAGUUGAAUUUUAUGGCUGUGAAAAAGUCGAGGAAACGUACGGGUUUUUUUAUUUAUUCAUAUUUGAAGGACAGUGCAUUUACAACAAUGUAGGUAUGUUAAUUAAAGGGGCACCAUUUGUCAGUGGAAGGUAUACGAAAUGAUCAUAGCACCUUUUGUAUCAAAAAUGGUAUAUCUCAAAGGGUAAAGUGUGUGGGCCUCGGGGCGGAGCCUCCCCGUCGUAUUAAGCUUCGUUGAGUACCCUGAGAAACUCAAUACAAGUAGACAAGCACAAGCAAGUACAAGCGAUUGUGGUGUUGGAAACCUCGUUCCCAGGAAAUUUCCGUUCGCUUUGAGGUCGGAGGUGAUGGAAAAACCCUGGGAUCGAGGUUGAUUGCUUGGAUAGGUUUUUUGUUUCAGAACCGCUCAAUUAAGUUCGUUAGAUUAUUUGCGACGGAAGUAGUAAGGUUGGGAACCAUUUGUUAAACUAAAACUCCCGGACGCAAUUUUCAGGCUUUUUGGAAGCGGAAAGUCAUAAAAUAUUGUUCCCAAACAUUUUAAAAACAGCUACUCCUCUUUGAAAUGGGUGACUUACUUUUCGGGCCUUUUAUUUUGGUUGGUCGAAACUGGUUCGCUCAGUUAACAUUGAACUCGGGGUGGAGGUUUUUUCCUCCCGAUUGCGAGAGGACACGCAGGAAUUUUGCAAUUUUCUUCAGAAAAGAUUUCGUUGAAUUGAGUUCGCCCAACGGGUUUUCUGAUGGUCUGUAUCACUGUAAUUUUUAAAAUUAUUCUUCGUAUUAUUUUGUGUUUUUGCAGAUUAAGUAAAGCGUACGAGCCUGCCUCGAAGUACAUGAAUCUAUUUGUCUCCCCUUUUAUGGCCAUCAUUGCCAAGUAAGUGUGUGAAUGCAGCCUCAGAAAUUUUGGCCUUGCUCCCAAACACCCGCUCUUGACAGUGUGUGUGUGUUGUUUAAGAUACGAUAAAGCUAUAUAAUCGCGGAUUACCUUAGUCCUGUUCAGUAUAACUAUAAAGAACACGUAUGCAUUUCCGUGCGUGACCUAGCACACGCAAACGUGCGUGUUGUUUAGAAUACGAUAAAACUAAUCCCGGAUUACCUUUAUCAUGAUCUGAACAUCACGCACCCAUGAACGCGUGGGUAGGAAAUCAAUGUUUACAGAGACGACGCAUGGAAGUGCGUGCUUUUCGUUUUGAGCACGAUUAAGCUUAUCUUGGGUAAUAGCUUUAUCUUAUCCAUUGAAGAAAAAAUACUGGCCGCUCUCCAGGAUGAAGAAUCUUAACUCUAGUGAACAUAUCCAGGCACAAUUUGCGGUUUAUGGACAUCUUUUUAAAAUUUUAUGUAAUAAAUCAAACAUGAGACACUGAGUCUCAAGAGUGAUCACAUCGAUUUUCUCAGAACAACAUUAAUACAUAAUCAAUAGAAAAGGAAAUGAGAAUUAAUGUGUAAGGAAAAGUGUUUUGAUCUUCAAACAAUUUCUCUCUACUAACUCCUCCAGAAAAUGUAUUGAGAUACGUUUGGAGAAUUUGUGUUUGGAUACUGUGGCUUAAAGGGUUAAACACCGAGAAGAGAGUUGAAAAUACGACGCGCAGCGGAGUAUUUUGAUGAACUUCGCUUUUUUUUUUGGAAAAUUGCGAGUGGAUUUGUGCUGGGUCGUUUCCCAUAAAUAUGAUUUAUGUAUACUGUAGUCCCGCGGAUUCUACAUAGCCGCGGUCAGAAAACUGUGCAAUAAUUUUGUUCUACUACAAUUCAUGAACACAGCUAAUUUCUGUGUUGUUUUCCCAUAGAAACCUGGCGUUUUUUGCUGGUGCUCUUUUCGCUGUGUUAACAAUCUUCACUCUUCUUGACAAAGAUGUUCUGCUAGCGGAACAUGUGCUUACUGCUAUAGCAGUUUUAGGUGUGUAGUCGUAGUGUAUUUUUAUAGGCAAGCUACUGAACAAGGAACUUAUGUUUCCAUUAUAGCCUCAAAACGUGCCUUGAAAAUGGAGUUGAAAAAAUACCGCUCAGAUUCUUUUUAAUAAUUGUAUUUUAUUAUUUAUUAAUAAAUUAUAUAUUUAUAUAUCAAUAAUUGUUAUUCUGAAUCAAUUUAUUAUUAUGAUAAUUAUUUAAAAUUUGUUAUUUUUUUAUUUAUUCUUUGUUAUAAUUAGGCUUUGUUAGUCGUGCAGGCACGAUAUAUGAUAUUAAGAUGUUAAGAACUGUGUGAACAAAACCACUUUCUUAGGCUAUGUUCACACUCUAAACGAUAGCUUUUGCCAUGAAAAUCGUACCGGAUACGGCUUCUGUUCACACACAGAACGGUGAUUUCGACGCGAUUUCUGUGACAGAGAGAAACUGCGCCGCGUAUAGUUUCUGUGCCAUACGUUGGUGCAGUAUGAAUACCUUGUCAGACCGUCCCGGAAGUGAGUAAGUAGGAGUGAGUACUGGAAACCACUGAAACGGAAGUAAAUAUUAAGGCCCUUUGCUCCGGCACGAUAGGGAGCACGACGACGACGACAACUUCAAGAAACAAUAGAUUUAAUGAUUAAAACAACAGCUCUGCACGUGCAUCACACUUUUAGCACACUUCUUUGACGUCCACUGCACGACUACGACGUGAAACCUCCUAAUGUGACGUUUUAUGGAGGACGUGGACAUACGACGACGAAUUUUCCUUCCUCUUUUUGAACUUGAAUAAAAUCCUUAAGAAUUCAACUCCAGGAAAAGUCACCUGCAUUUGACAUAUUGAGCGGGUCCAAAUAGACGCGAUUAAGUUUGAAAGAACGCACAUAAAUUUUUUUAGCUACAUUUUAACUGCCGUCGUCGUCGUUGGUUAAGGUCCCAGAUGUUCGUACCAUACCUUACAGCUUUUCGCGGUGGCACAAAAAGAUAUCCAGUAUAGCGUGAACACAGCCUUAAUUAGUGAUAAAGAAAAUAUCUGCAAGUGAAAGCCUAGCCUGCGUGGCAGACGCUUGGAAGUAGUGGGCGAAAGAGAGAACGGGCGCGCGCGAGGGAGACACGCGUGUCUCCUUGCGUGUCUCCUCGCGCGCCCGUUUUUUUUUGUGCCCACUACUUCCAAAGUGGCAUCCUAGUGAAAGCACCCUGAAUACACUGUAGGCUGAAACAAACCAGCUGGAUCCACUUGGUCUAAUGUGAAGUAAACGGGCUUUUAAGUGGGAAGAUAUGGUGUUUAUUUCACGAUUUCAAGUACUUAUAAUUGUCUUUUCUCACUGGUUAUUUUCUUUUUCAGGCAUAUUAAUACGUAUUUGUUACAUAUUCAUACCUGACGAGGUAGGUGUAUUCUCUGAAAGUAUGUGGUGUAUUAAAUGGGUCGGCCAUGUCACGCCAUUUUCUAUACCUUUUUAAAAAGCUAUCCGCGUGUCUUCCUAUCAGUUGAAUUCCAUAAAUUAAUGGUACAGUUUUGUUUUUGCGGGCGACAAGAGGAGCCUGCAAUCCUAAUCUCCAGGUCGUUAUUACACAUGCGUCGCAUGCGUCUACCAUAGGCUGAUUUAGCAACUGGACGGGAACGUCAGUUGACGACGGAAAAGCGCGCGGAAAGGAGUAAACACGACUUCCGGUGCCCAAUUUGCCGCUCUGCCAUUGGUCAGGCCAGUUGUUUGAUUUGCGUGCGCCGUCGUCAACUGACGUUCCCGUUCUUUUGAUAAAUCAGCCUUAUGUAGCCAGCAUUCGUUUGGACUUCCACUAAGAAUGUAUGGAAUGCACAGAACGCACUUUGAUCACGCGCGUUUGGACCUUCUAUCACUCGUUAUCUGAUCACGCGUGUUUUGACCAUCUGUCACGUGAAACUUACGCAAAGCACAGCGCUGGACUAAGAGCCAACGUUUUCAAGUUUUUAACUUUUUGUGGCUUUUAUACUUACAACUGGUACUGUAUAUUUUCUUUCCCAGAACACGGUGUGGGAUCCGGAGCAGCUGCUGAAGCAGAUUGUGUCCCAUACACAUUACAUCCCCGAUGAGUGGAAGGGGAAAGCUCAUACCAAGGAGGUAGGAUUGAGGGGGUAAACAACAAAGGUUAAUACGGGGAGGCUCCGCCCCGAGGUCCAACCCCCUACCGCUCCCUUUUAUACACCAUUUUAGGCAGAAAUUGUACCCCUUUCGUAUAUCUUUUAUUGACAAAUGGUACCCCUUUCACAUACUUGGUUUAGAACGCUGCUUCCUUUUAACUGCUGUAAAUGUUAUGUCUUUUAAAUUAAAUUACAAACCAGGAAGUUUUCUUGAUAUUUUCACAGCCAUAAAAUGCAUCUGUUAGCCUCUUUGGAACCUCUUACACCCCGAAAUGAAAGAUUUCUCUACCCUUUCGUAUGCUCAUACCAUAUACCAGUGAAAUCCCUACCGUUUUAUAUACCUGAAGCCUUAAAAAGGUACCCCUUUCUGGCGGAGCCUUCCCCAAAAAGGCCAUUAUAGGGAGUAGCCCCCCUCCCCCCCGCCCCCCGGGAUAUCUCCUUACUUAAUUUUCAAUCAUUAAGCUUGUCUUUUUGUGUCCUCGACAUAUUUCAGUUGCCAUGCUUUACAAGCCCUCUUUUCGCUAAAUUAGAUUACUAAGGUAUAGGUAGUGGGAUACCAAUAUACCUAAGGAAACAAGUGUACCCCAUAGGCCUCCUACCGAAAAAACCUGCCGGGGAGACUGCUUUUUAGUGGUUCCUUCAUUAAAAGUUAUGAGUUUAAAGAUGCAUUAACAUAAUAGUAUUCUAUUAUUCUCAUUUCAGGUUCGAGAAAAGUUUUCUCAACUAUUCCAAUACAGAGCGGUAAGUUAUUAAAGGGAAGUCACGCAAUGUCCCCUUCACACAUGCAAACCUGUUUUGCAACAAAUCACGAUGUUGCAGGUUGCGAAAGGCUGUUGUAGAAGGUAGAGAGUAGUUCUACUUUUUGCAACAAAAUCAUUACAUGUUGCGCGUUUUACCGGCCCAAGGCAAACUCUGUUUGCAGCAAGUGACGUAACCUCCGUGUAUGGCUCCACUCCCGCGUAAUCCUAUCCAGUCAAAGGUCAGUAUUCACGCAACCUGCAGCAACCUGACUUUUUGCAAGACAGAUUUUAACGUGGGUGGUAGAACGCGCCACUCGAUUUGCAACAACUCUUCGUUCUUCGAAACAAGUUGCACGUUUUUGUCUACCGUUUUACCGUAGCUUUAAAGGACGCAUCACUGUCGCGCCCUGUCCUAACUUUAACCUGCCGUUUUCAUGUACAGGAAUACGUGUUACAAGAGCUAGUCAGCCCUGUAAUCACCCCAUUCCUUCUGUGCUUUAAUUUACGCUACAAAGCUCUGGACAUAGUGGAUUUCUUCCGAAAUUUCACUGUCGAUGUUGUUGGUGUCGGCGAUGUGUGUUCAUUCGCGCAGAUGGACGUUAAAAGACAUGGAAAUCCAGAGGUGUGUUAAACUUUCUUUCCUCAAAUUUGAAUAAAUCAGAUUUAAAACAGUAUGCAACAAUUUGUGCCCUUGAGUUGCAAGAAAACAGUGGCUGGUAUAUUCAGAUGUCUGACUGACGCAUAUGCAGUAUUCGCGUAUUCGACUAGUUCCACAAUCCUGAUGAAGGGAUUUGUGUAAACAGUCUUUCUGUGCGUUAUUUACCUGCCCUUUGCAGUGUUUUAACCUAGCCCUCCAGCUCUUUGCCGAAUCGAUUGAAAGAUGAUCUUGAGGGAGACAUCAAUCUGAUCCAUGUAGCCAGCGCUAAGGGGAAAAUCACUUGCGAACAAGUCACUAUUUCCUUUGGUUUUCAUGUCAUUGGUUAAGAAAUUUAACCAAAACAGUUACUCUGUCCAAUCACAACCAAGGAGUACGAUCUAGUGGACCAAUCAAGACUCAAGCAAAUGCUUGUAACCGGUGCUAAGGGCAGAAAAAGUGGCGGGAAAUUAUGAGUGGUUUGCAUUUGUUCUGUUCAAUCGAGACAGUGGGGAAGAGCCUUGUGACCAAUCAGAUGCUUGUUACAGAAGAAGCUGAAGCUCAGCGCGGGAAAACUGACGGAGAGACGUAACGUUUGGUUUCCAACUGUGCCCCGAUUGGUUGAAAAAUGACGGAAGUUCCGCUUUUUAGUUUAGCUUUGACACUGAACUAAAAGAUGCCCCAAUCCGCAGAUUUAUCACAGUAAAUCGUUUUCUUAUUAUUCGUAGAAUAUCUUAAGUGGGCUUGUGGCAGUACUUGUAGAGCUGACAUGGAGAGAAGUUUACAUAACAAAGGUCGAUAGACAUAGCUUGUUCCGGGUAUUUUGUCUUCUGAUCGUAAUUUGAUUGUUUUUUUAUUCUUUUAGUGGCUAAGUGAAGGCUUGACACAAGCAACACAAUAUGAGCAAGCUGAGCAUGGCAAAACGGAACUUUCGUUAGUUCAUUUCUCUGUAAGUAUUGCGUUUCUGUUUUCGUCUUGAAUUCAGAUCGAAAUGCCCACCAGUUUCCUUUGUUUACAGAUAAAAAAUCCCAAGUGGAAGCCGACAGACCAAGGCGCGCAGUUUAUUAGUACAAUCAAGGAAAAUGGUGAGUGUGAAACGUUCAACUCUUUCACUGCCAGAGUGCUGGAUAGAGUCUUGUAAGUUAACUCUAUCUUUUGAGUCUGCGGACCAAAUACGACAAGGAAUUUGAAAAUUUGGUCGAAAUUUGCUUUUGGCUAAAUUUGGCAGUGAAAGGGUUAAAUACUACAGUAUGUUUAACCUGCGUCGUAGACGUAAUCAAACCCCGGUUAGUAACGUCUGCAAAGUAGCGCCGAUAUCCUUGUUCCGGGCCGCCAACGGACUCAACAACUUACCGGAAAUGCGUUUUAGAUUUCCCUUCAACCUAAUUGGCAAAUGGACAAUGGCUUUUUUAACAGUCCAAUCAUGGCGCGUACUCAAAUCCUGGUACACAGGUGGCGGCCCAGAACAAGGAUUUCGUCGCUGAUUUGCAGACGUUACUAAUCGGUGUUUAGUUUCGUCUGUUGCGCAGGCUAUAGUAGGUUACAACUUUAACAAAGAUUGGAGGGUCUACUGUGGGGCACUUUUUAGUUUUUUGCGGGUCCUAAUUUUUGCUAUUUGGAGAAUUUUUACGUCGCGCAAAAGUUGACUCCACGGCCUCAGUUAUGUAGUUUUAUAUACUCAUGAAGUUUUUAUGGUAGACUUAUGCUUAUGCACUAUUGUUAUUUCAGCGGUUCAAGAAGGCAUCAAUCUGAGCAACAGCGCUGCAUUAUCUGAACCGAGUUCCCUUCAAGAUUACAGGACAAGUAGUGUAAGUAAUGUCAGAAGUCAACCCGGAGGGGUUCUCCCUAUGAUGGCCAAUACAGGGAGGCUCCGCCCGAAUGGGGCACCUUUUUCAGCCUUCAUGUACAUGAAAGGGUAGGGGUUUCACUAGCUGAAGUAUAUAUAAAGGGUAGGGAAAUCUGUCAUUUUAGUGUGUAAAAAGGGCUAUUAAAUAGAUGCAUUUUAUGGCUGUAAAAAAGGUCGAGAAAAGGUAUCGGUUUUGUGAAUAAUUCAUAAUUAUUUGAAAGACAGUGCAUUUACUGCAGUUAAAUGGGAUGCAGCGUUCUACGCUAGUAUGUCAAAGGGGUACCAGUUGGUUGAUCCAAUCACAACUAGACACAAAAAACUGCGUGAGCUCGGGCGUCCGUAUGAAAAAAAUUGAAAUGAGAAAACUUCAUCUGAGAAAUCACAAUCCUCAAAGGCCGCCAACGUAUAUCGAAAUAUCAACAGUCUGUUUGCAUGAACAUCUGGAAACGAUGCUUGAGUGACUAUAACGUAUUAGAUUGCAGUAAUUGUAUAUCAGAGGACAUAAACUGAAAACAAAGGAAGAUAAAAUCAGUGACAUCAUUGCACAGAGAAAGGAUAACUGCUAAUUGAAGUACUCAAUUCAUUUUCUGUUUCUUCUUCCGCAAGGCAACUAAGCAUAAAUAUGGAGGCAUUCCCAGUGUCUUCGACAAGACUCUUGAGUUGAAGUUUUCGUGUGUAAGAAGUGACAGAAUUCAUUCUUGUGAUCACUGAGUUUUAUACAUCGAAUACAGAUGGCUUUGCUCGUCAUGUCUCAGGCAGCACCGUGCUCUGGUUUAGUCCGCUGACCUAUUUACGCAUACUCUUAUAUCUUGCGCACGCGUUGUAUGCACCAGAGGGCGUUGCACGAAAGCCCGAGCAACAAGUCCAAUUUGGAGCGGCACUAUCGCUUACUACUAACUUCACUGCUAUAGGAACGAACUGAUAGCCUUGUGAAGCUGUAGAGAUAGCUGACCAUUCUUGUGUUGUCCUUAAGUAUUUUUCUUGCUUUUAUGGUUACUUUUCAGUUUCAAGGCUUGCCUUAUAUGAACCCCAUGAGCCUUAGCGAUCCCUCUCUUGCUCCACUGGGAACUGCCGCUGGGACACCCCAACAGCAGGCUCAAGCACGUGAAAUGCUGAUGAAUUCAAGUAUGAUGUAUUUACACGAGGUAAGAUAACACUGAAACAAACCUUCCCGUCUUACCAUCGUGACAUCAAGGGACUUUAUGAUGCCACGACGGUGACGACAACGGGAACGCCGAAAAAGCAAUAGGUUGAACAGGCAAAACAACAACUCUGCACGUGCUUUUUUGUACAUUUCUUUGCCGUCACUGCACGACUGCGACGGAAAAAUGCCUAAUUUCAAGUUUUAUGAGGGACAUAAACAUGCGACGGCUAAGUUUUCUUUCUUUUUCUGUACUUGAAUAUGAUUCUUAGGAAUUCGGCUCAAAAAGUGUUCGCUUGCAUUUGACAAAGUAAACGAGUCUGAGUAAUCGCGAUAGAGGUUGAAAGAACGCAAAUUCGCUUUUUAAGCGACGUUUUCGUAGCUGUCGCCGUCGUGGUAUCUUAAACUCCCUGGCGGUUGGUGAAGUCCUGACGGGGUCAGCGCAACAGCUGAGUCUUGCCUACCUCCAAUCGCUCCCCAUCCCGACAGCUUUUUCAACCAUCCAAAAAUGUAAAACAGAGCAAACAAAAGAGGCUCAUCAAAUUCAAAAGGGAUAGAUCAUCUUUAUUAAUUGACUUAAGUUCCGUAGCAAGUUCAAUUUAAUGUUGCCGAACAUUUCUCUCGGUAGUUAGAGAAGAACACUCCGUGCUUAUGAGGGAUUUAUAAAACGAAAAGUUUUUCUCUUUUAGUUAAGAGAUCGUCAGGUUGAACACUCUGGGCUACCUCGAGGAAGCAGUUUGACGACAACAGCGGUGAGACAUGCACCAUCAUCAUCUGCGCCGAUUGACGAAGAAAACAUCAGUGAAACAGAGGUGUUAAGGUUUGUUUGAUUAGAAAAUCAUUUCCUUUUUAUAGCUCACCAUAAUUCAGGGUUUGUAAAAAAAAAUUGGAAUUCAAGUCACAUUUUUCUCGCAUGGUGUCAUUGAAUUUCUUUCUCAGUGUAUGAUUUAGUUAGAAAAAGACUUGCCUGUGAUCUGGCAGAAAAAUCUAGUUUUCCGGGGACGUUUCUUCGAGCCCUGCAAAAGGAGCACUUCAUUCUGGCUUUCCCGCUCCCAGACAAAAGAUGGCCAUGAAUCCACUUUCAAUUUUUUUUAACUUGGAAAAAGGUUACAUUUUGCUAUGCUAAUCACAAUCCGACAAUAAAACAUAGGGGUGAGGACUGAACAACUCGUUCUUGAGUUGUUGGCGCUUGAAGCUUAAAUUAAGGGUGUUUUGAACCAGGUAUCCUGUUCCUAUGGUAACGUCUUGCGUCAGGUAAAUUAUUGUAACUUGUAAGUGAUGAUUUAGCAGUUGUUGAAUACCAUUUUUAUAAAAUCAACCCAAAAGAGAGUGGUAAUACUGACCUCAUCAAAGUAGAACUGCUUAGAAAGGCAACUAGAAAACCAUUUUGAGCCGUACCUCGGCAUAACGAACUACAUUCUUCAGUCUUGUUAUACAUGUGGUUCAAUGCAUUCAACGGGGUCCCGACCGCUAAAAUGAACUUCGUUCUCAGUCCGUUAGUACUUUGCUGUAUGUGGGUUCGGACUUUUUAUCUAACUUCUUAAUAAUUUUGCAGUCCCCGGCUUAUUACAACACUGUAAAUAUUUUAUCUUUUGCAGAGACCACGAGCGAAUGGUGUAAACUUGUAAAGAUCGGUAGGGAACUUUUAAAUGAAACUCUGAGGAAAUGUCAAGAGUGAAGAGCGUGGUUUCAUAAUAUACUGGAUGUCGUUCAAACUGUAAAAAUGGGAACGUUGUGAUCAUCUUCCGUAAAAUGACCCGAAAGUGGUCUUUACUGUUUCAAAGUUUUAAUCACCAAUGAACCCAUUGUGUGAAGUCUGGUGAUAAGUACUAUUUGCCGCGGCAAGCAACUCGACAAGUUGCAAAGGGCGUCGCUUUAUUCCAACUCAACGUGUCCGCUUAUUGAGGAUCUAGAACGUUGGCUUCAAGUUUUUUGGCUUAGAUAUCUAAUGUAUGAAGUAGGUUUUUAAGGGAACGCGUUUGGUAAUGUAACUUUUGU